UCUUGUAGUGGGAAGACACGCUUUUUCCUAAGCUCACUGGCGACUCAGAACCGAAGCAAUAUGAAAUGGAACGCCGGCAGGAUCCUGAAGGUCUCUCUCCCGGUGGUCGUCCUCGCCGUCUUCACCUUCGUCGCCCAGCCAAGAAACUUGAGCCUCUUAAGGGACAACCAGAACGUCACCCUUGUCUUAUCAGCCAGGCAGAUAAAGGCUCUUACCGAGGCGCGGAAGCCGAAACAGACGCAAAACAAAGAUGGAACAGAAGAAGUAAAAAAGGAAAGGCCUCUAGCUCCUGAAAAUAUCGUGGUGAUUAACAAUAAAGUGUACGAUCGAAGUAAAGUGAAUCUGACGGCGAUGCAGACGCAGCCGCAGAAGGUUCAUGUCGACAAGAAAGAUAACCGAACUCAAUAUUGGCCACCCACGCUAGAGCUCUCUGACGCUGCCUUCCUCCAGGACCUUGACUACUCGAAGUACAAGCCUAAGACGCAGAAUGCCUUUGAACGUUCAUUCAGGCCAAAGCGAUACCAUUUAGCACGUUAUUUGAACCUGGAGCCAUAA